UGGGUCUUCGUUGCUGCGUGUGGUCUUUCUCUAGUUGCGGUGAGCCGGGGCUGCUCUUCGUUGUGGUGCACGGGCUUCUCAUUGCGGUGGCUUCUCUUGUUGCGGACCACGGGCUCCAGGCGCGCGGGCUUCAGUAGUUGUGGCUCGCGGGCUUAGUUGCUCCACGGCAUGUAGGAUCUUCCCGGACCAGGGCUUGAACCCGUGUCCCCUGCUUUGGCAGGCGGAUCCUUAACCACUGCGCCACCAGGGAAGUCCCUAAAAGCACAUUUUUAAUUUCACAGAAUCCAGACUAUUGGACUGGAAAGGAUCUUAACCAGGAUCACCUUCACCUUGUAUGGUUAUGGAGGUUGCGUACUGUUCAAGCCUAGCGGGCGCCAUUCUCAUGGCUCACAAUGUGACUGGCUCUCCAGGGUUGUAACAUGCACAGCCUCGCACAGCAUCCCUGUUUAUCUAAUCCUCUUCAUUUUCAGAUAAUGAAACUUAGGUCCUAAGAGCUGACAGCUUUGCUCAAGGUCAUGCAUAUACUUCAUAGUAGGGUACAGGCAAUGGGCCCCUUUUCUGCCUUUCAGUCACUGUGACCCAGAUUGCUUUAGGAGGCUAUGAAACUAGAAGAGAUAGUGUUUGUUUGCUAUAGUUGUGUGGAUAAUGGUCUUUAGCUGAACAUGAAACUUCCGUCAUUUCGUUCAGCUCUGCAUCAUUUGCGCCAGCUUUCCACCUCCAGCUCUACUGGUCUGGUUGGCAUGGCUUGAACCUUCAGCAUGUUACACCACUGCCCGCAGGGCUCCCAAGACUCAGGUGCCUGUUUGUGCCACAAAGUUGCCAGGCUGUGCUGUCUACUGUCUCCUUUGCUGGCCUAUUCCUCUGUGACCUGCUGUUGGCUGCCAUCUUCUUUUGGCUUCUCUUCUUGGCGUCUUGUGCUGCUUUGUCUUUAUAGCCACAUUGCUGACCAGCCAACGUGGUCCUUUCCUUCUGUUCUACAAAUGAUUCAGUCAGAGCAUGGUGGCUGUUGACCUUGGGUCUUUGGUUCUUUGCUGCUGUUCAUAGGUGCUGGGGGUGCCUAGGCGAUGCUGCUUCUUUGUCAAAACUUUUUGUCUCUUUUCUUUCUCCCCUAUUCCAGAUUUGUGCCUUUCUGAACACUUAAAGAUGCCGGAAGGAUUGUCUUCACGUACUUGUGGCUCCAUUCCUAUCAUUCCACCUAUACUCUUGUUUAAAGUGAAACUAUUGUUUGGGAGGAAAAGAUCUUGGUUAGAAAAGUUCAUGUAAAUCAGACACUCAAUAGCUAAUUGUCUCUAUCAAGGAUGAUGCAUUUAAAAAAUUACUCCGUCCUCUGCCCGGGCUCUGUGCUCAUCCUCAGUGUCAAACUAAGGCUGGUUGGAAGGAAAAUCACGCAACAUUCAUGAGUGAACUCAAAAAUCUUCAGGCUUCUGGGCUGACUACUCUUGGUCAGGCUCUGAGAUCCUCAUUCGAUUUGUUAAAUCUCAAUAGAUUAAUAUCUGGAAUAGACAAUUAUGGACAGGGGAGAAAUCCAUUUUUUUUAGAACCAUCUAUUUUAAUUACCAUCACAGAUGGAAACAAGUUAACAAGUACUGCUGGUGUUCAAGAAGAGCUUCAUCUGCCUUUGAAUUCUCCUCUGCCUGGAAGCGAACUAACCAAAGAACCUUUUCGUUGGGAUCAAAGGUUAUUUGCCCUGGUGUUGCGUCUGCCUGGAUUGGCUUCUACUGAACCAGAGCAGCUAGGGAGUGUACCAACUGAUGAAUCUGCCAUCACACAGAUGUGUGAAGUCACAGGAGGUCGCUCCUACUGUGUUAGAACACAGAGAAUGUUGAAUCAAUGUUUAGAAUCUUUAGUUCAAAAAGUUCAGAGUGGUGUAGUUAUUAACUUUGAAAAAACGGGACCAGAUCCACUUCCGACUGGAGAAGAUGGACUUAUGGAUUCACCCAGGCCAAGCAAUUCAUUUGCUGCUCAACCAUGGCAUAGCUGUCAUAAGCUCAUUUAUGUGAGGCCUAACUCUAAGACUGGUGUUCCUGUUGGACAUUGGCCAAUUCCAGAAUCUUUCUGGCCAGAUCAGAAUUUACCUUCGCUACCUCCACGAACAUCUCAUCCUGUUGUGAGGUUCUCCUGUGUCGAUUGUGAGCCAAUGGUAAUAGACAAACUUCCCUUUGACAAAUAUGAACUUGAACCUUCACCCUUAACUCAGUACAUCCUGGAACGAAAGUCUCCCCAUACCUGCUGGCAGGUAUUUGUUACCAGCAGUGGAAAAUACAAUGAACUUGGAUAUCCAUUUGGUUAUUUAAAAGCCAGCACAACUUUAACUUGUGUAAACCUCUUUGUGAUGCCGUACAACUACCCAGUUUUACUCCCUCUUUUAGAUGACUUGUUUAAAGUUCACAAGCUUAAGCCAAAUGUGAAGUGGCGACAGGCUUUUGAGAGCUACUUAAAAACUCUGCCUCCAUACUACUUAUUACCAUUAAAGAAAGCACUAAGGAUGAUGGGAGCUCCAAAUCUGAUAUCAGAUAAUUUAGAUUGUGGACUUAGUUACAGUGUUAUCUCUUACCUUAAAAAACUCAGCCAACAGACCAAACUAGAGUCAGAACGAAUACUAGCAUCAGUGGGGAAGAAACCUCCCCAGGAAAUUGGAAUCAAAGUGAAAAAUCAUUCUGGAGGUGGAGUGUCCUUGACUCACAAUAAAAAUUUUAGAAAACUAUUGAAAGAAAUCAUAGGAGAAACAACAUCAAGACUGGCAGAAUUGAAUACCAAAGAAUUUGCCGGCUUCCAAGUAGGGCUCUUAAACAAGGAUUUGAAACCUCAGACAUAUAGAAAUGCUUAUGAUAUUCCACGUAGAGGUCUUUUAGACCAGUUAACCAGAAUGCGAUCCAAUCUGCUGAAAACACACAAGUUUAUUGUUGGACAAGAUGAAGAUUCCCUUCAUAGUGUUCCAGUUGCACAAAUGGGUAACUAUCAGGAAUAUCUAAAGACACUGGCUUCUCCACUUCGAGAGAUUGAUCCAGAUCAACCAAAAAGACUACAUACUUUUGGCAAUCCAUUCAAACAAGAUAAGAAGGGAAUGAUGAUUGAUGAAGCAGAUGAGUUUGUAACAGGGCCACAAAACAAAGUGAAACGUCCUGGAGAACCCAGCAGUCCUCUGUCAUCUAAGAGAAGGCGGAGUAUGUCCCUGCUGUUGAGGAAACCACAAACACCACCUACUGUAACUAACCACGUGGGCGGAAAGGGACCACCCUCAGCCUCGUGGUUCCCAUCUUAUCCAAACCUCAUAAAACCCACCCUUGUACAUACAGAUGUCACUGCCACGCACGAUGUUCACGAGGAGAAGAUGGAAAAUGGUCAGAUCUCACCCGAUGGCUUCUUGUCAAAACCUGCCGCCGCAGAGCUUGUGAACACGGCAGGAGGUAGCAGCCCACCCGACCGAGCGGAUUCUCUGUCCGAUGACUUCACUGGUCUCAGGAAGGAUGACCUGAUGCAGAAUCCCGGUAGUAAUGCACUCGCAGGAGGAACCAGGAACUGCGGUGUCUCUGUAGAUGAUCGAAAAGUCUCGGCAACACCUGCUUUGGAAACUGGGCCGAGUACGUCGCAAAUUACUCCCGCUAUGGCGCAAGGAAUCAACGCUGAUAUAAAACACCAGUUAAUGAAGGAAGUUCGAAAAUUUGGACGAAAGUAUGAAAGGAUUUUCAUUUUGCUUGAAGGAGUGCAAGGACCUCUUGCAGUGAGGAAACAAUUCAUUGAAUUUACCAUCAAGGAAGCUGCAAGGUUCAAAAGACGAGUCUUAAUUCAGUACCUUGAGAAGGUACUAGAAAAAAUAGAACCCCACCACCUUGUCAAGAACAUUAAUCACAUCAACAGCAGAUCAUGAUGUUAACGCAAAGACCAAGGAGGAACAAAGAAUACGUUUCCUGUGCUGUAGGAUAGAACGGGAUAUCGUUGAGUAUCCUACGAGGUUGUAGUCAAGGGAACUGCCUUCCAGAGGCUAAAAAAGAGCCGUGGAGCCUUCUGUUUUCAGAUGCUCUGGCGGGAAAAGCUGGCUUUCGCCCUAUGAGUUUUCUUUGAAAGUAUUAAUUGGCUGUUUUGUUGUUACUCUUCCCAGUUG